GACUCUACUACAGUCAAAAGUAUAUGAAGUGGAAGUGUUGAGUUGUUUAAGAUGCCCAAUGACCUUUUGUGUGUCUAGUGCCAAUUUAAAACUAUACAUUUUUCAGUUAGGGCAAAAUAUUUUGCAUGUCUGGGGAGUAACUGUGGAAUCUUUGCAAACAUUUCUUGUGAGGUAGGCUUAGAAGCCAACAUUUUUUAUUUAUUGAAUUUGUGUAUAUGAUAAUCCAAUUAAAUCAAAGACCUAUUGACAAAUACAUUUGUCUUUGCAAUAUUUUUGCAUUGACUUCUGUCCACCUUCAAACAAUUAGUCUUGCCUCCACGUUUUCUGCUUUGCACCUUGAAGGGGCGUGUCACAUAAGUUUCACGUCCCGGCUAGUCUGGAACAGUCUUUGAAUGAACUGGUUGUUCGACGGAGUUCUCUGCGUGUAACCUACAACUCAUCGUUUAUAAAAUGAGUUUGAACUUCAUAAAUUGUUGAAAGAAGACAAAUGGAAUAAUGUAAUUUUUCCCCAAUGUUUACACAUUCUAUGAAAGUAUGUGCAACAAACAUUUGAUGCUCGUCCUCAUAAUCCUGGCUUUCAACCUGGCCGUGGCAGCUGACUCUGGCCUGGAGACGCCGCGAGGAGGAGGUGGGCUCCGGGACAGGCCACAGCGGGAUGUCCCCUGCAGACAUCACCAAGAGUACCCACAUGACAACAUCUGCUGCCUGAACUGCCCAGCUGGUACCUAUGUCAAAUCUGCCUGUACAAGCGCCCACGAGAGAGGCACGUGUGAGAACUGUGACUUUGACACCUAUACCGAACACGACAAUGGACUGCCACAGUGUUUGAAGUGCACCAAGUGCCGCCCAGACCAGCAGACUGUAGCGAGAUGCACCCACACACAGAACACAGAGUGCCAGUGUAAAGCGGGGCGCUUCUGUGCCCCCGACCAGGCUUGUGAAAUUUGCAAAAAGUGCACAAUAUGUAAGGAUGAUGAGGUGAAGGUGAGAAACUGCACCACCACAUCCAAUACAGAGUGCAAGAGACGAGAGUCCACGUCCAGCAACAAAUCAGGUACAAUCACAGCCGUUGCAGUGGCAGGUGUGCUCGUGUCGAUAGCUGCUCCCAUUGUCAUAGUUGCUGUUUUCAGGAGGAAAAAGAAUUUCAUUGCAGGGCAAGACUCUCAGAAUCCCAGUGAGAUGGAGAAGGUUGCGGUGGAUAGUGUGUCCAGUUUGUCAUAUGAAGAGAUGCAGAACAAGCUGAACGGCAGGCUUUGUGACUCCCCCCAUCACCCCCUCCUGAUGCAGGCCCAAGCGGUGGGUCAGCAGGCCUUAGCCAAUGAGGAGAAGGAUAACAAACAGGGCAACAGCUUUACCAGCACCGCGCAUUCCUCCCCGGCCAGCCUGCCUACCUUGCCCUCAGCCCCCCUCCCUGCACCGUACCCCCACCCCUGUCCUGUGCCCCUGAGUCAUCCCAACACAAGGGAUGACGACUUGCCGUGUAAGAAACUCGUCCCCUUGAAUGGUGACAAGUCCCUGACGGAUUGCUUUAGCUACUUUGAAGAACUGGACGUCCACCUUCACAACAGGUUCUUCAGGCAUAUUGGACUCAAUGAGAAUGCCAUUAAGAACAGAGAGAACCUUCAACCUGAAGACCGAGUGCAUCAUCUACUGAAUGUGUGGAGAGAGAAGGUGGGCAUGAAGGCCAGUAUCAAUGACCUCAUCGCUGCGUUACUGCUUCUGAACCAGAGGUUAUCGGCGGAGAACAUUAUUGCCAAAGCUAUUUCCGAGGGCCAUUUUGAAUAUGAAGAAAAUCAACCCCGGGAAGAGUUACAGUUCUAGUUUGAUGGGCACACCUACAACAGGAAGCGAUUCAUGAACAACCGUGAGUCAAGACUGAGCCCAUGGGUGGGGUGAUCUUGGGUUAGGAAUGUCUGUCGAUGUCAAAUGAAAAAAACAAACUCUUAUCUUCACCUCAGGGAAUUCUUAGCACUUGAACUGGGACUGAGGAUAACCAGCAACAAUAUAGUGUGAACCUCCUAUCAGACUCAACUUGAUUACACGGAAAACUACACUGGAUGGACACUGUUGUGUCACAUGCGGCACUGCUGCAGUUGGGAAGAACCAAGUGUACUAACAUGUUCUAGAAGGUUGUGUACAUUGCAGGCUUGCACUGCAGAUCCAAUUUGCUGUUGUCCAUACAGACAAUAAUUGAUUGACACCUUUUUUUUCCGUUCAAGCUUCUUGUGCAUUUCUUGGUUUCAUGAAUAGAUUUGUGUCAUAUCAUAUUCCAUGUUGUUUGCUUUAAAAUGAACACUUUGUAAAAAGGUGCAAAAUUGGUCAUUUAGCAGUGAUGUCCUCAGAUUCAAUGCCAUAUGUGUUAGUACACUGAUAUCUGUCACACACUGACAACCAUGCCAGUCUUAAUGUUCCAGCAAUGAUGUUGAAUUUACAUUGAGUCGGCACUUCUAUACUGUGUAUGAUUGGUGUUUGGGUCAUAUAAAGUUCUAACAUUCUUGCAGCACUGAGAAAGGUACCGCCAAAGCAAGGGAUUAAGCCUUCUCUUGUGUAAUGAGGUCGUUGAGGAAUUUUUGUGAGACUGUAAAUGACAAAUGGAUUGUAAAAGACAUACCACCACCUAGUGGAUGGAAAUGGUAGUGUCACUAGUUCCAUGUUAUUUUAUGUUAAAAUAUGUUAUGUUAAUGUUAUAUUUAAGUAUUUAUUUGGUAAAUCAUGGUCAUUAUUACUAGUGCCAUCCACGAUCUGACUGUAGAUGUAUUAUAACUUAAUGUUGCCAAUUGUUCUUUUGGACAAAGCCCAUUCUAUAAGCCCCAACAUUUAGGCUGAGUUAAAGAUUUAGUUUGGUCCACAUGCCACAGUCUACAUUGGCCCUCAUUUAUUUCCAUAUUUCCUCUUUUCAACCUUUUUCUUUUUGGCUUCAUUAUUCCUCAACAUCAAUUGUGACUUUGAAUAGAGGCCCAUAGAUUGCAUUAAUAUUAAAACAAUUUGAAAUUGUUUCUUAUUUUUUGUGUGAUGUAUAAAUGUGCUAAAAAUGUCAAUUUGGAUAAAUAAAAAAGGCAAUAAACCUAACUGGACAUAUCCAUUUUA